UAUUAUGCGUAGAGGUCUACUGCAUGUUGUGUAAUGAAGAAUUGAGAUCAAUGUCGUGGGACUGAGUCUGAGCACAGAAUGACGUAAUGCAGGUCUGCGUAAUGCCAAUAUGGAUUCUGCAUUGUCAUUGGCAGUCUCAUUAACAUGCUACUAGACGUAGUACCACACGGAAGAUUCACACGCCGUCCUGCGUUCCGCUAAUCUUCAAGCUAAGAGGAUCUCUUAUGAGCACUGCAUCUAGACAUCUUCCUUAUCUUCGACAGUGCGUGAGCACGCAUCAGGUGAUGCGAAAUGCGACCGGCCAUACAUGACAUCAGGCAUAUUUCAUCGCUGUGAUUUACAGCUUCGGAAAUGUAUGCUUCUUUACAGCGCUCCCGUACGCCCGAUCUUCCACCUUUUCUCGGUACCGUCCAAGCAAGAUUGCAUGCAGAAGUAAGUCAUCAUGGAGUCUCAGAUAAUCACCACUAGUCUAGAGUCCGAUCAAAAGAACCCUACUUUGCAGGUGGUUGCUGAUCAACCCGCUGUUGAUCUCGACGAUGACUCGUUUAUGAUCACGGAUAAACCAGGUAGUGAUGACGGAUGGAUAGAAGACUCUGACGAGGAGGUUCCCGCUCUGCGAAAGCUCUCCGACGUCGAGCACGAAAACUUUGAUGAUGUCGAUAACGAUUCGGAGUUCCACUAUGAUGAAAGUUUCCUGUCGACAGCUGAUGACUGCGCAGAAGAGUUUCUGGGUCUUAACAGCGCAGAUGAGAUAGCGAACGGGACAGAGUCAACGCCUCAUACAGACCUCUAUUCAUCCACUCAGAGAAGUGCACCAACUUCCCUCGGUAAGGCCAGUGUUGUUCAAAAUCAAAGUUUUGCUGUUAAUAGUUGUCAGGACAGUGUCGAGGAAACUGCUAAUGGCGAGGAUUCCGAAAAAACUGCUAGUGCCGAUGAAACCGCUAACGCCGAGGAAGAAAAAGGUGAAGUUAUGUUUUAUGGAGAUAAAUUUAGCAAGCGGGAAACCACAUCACAAACGCAACAAAUCAAAACACGGGCUGAUAAGCAAGGUCACGAGGCAAAGGUCAAAGAGGGAAUCGAUGAUUCGAUCGAAAGCAAACAAUACUGCACCAUGAAGGUGGGACGAAAGGAGACACGCGGGUCUUCUAUGUUAGACGAACUACUGUCCUUCCCUGAGUCAAAGAGAGCAGUAUUGCCAGUUUCUGCGCUUCCCACAAGAGGGGUUAAAAAAACGCGAAGAAGGAAAACUGGUGGUAAAGUGGCUUUCGCAUUUGAUGUCAAGGAUCGAAGUAAUAGAUUGCGUCAGACACAGGUUUCAACACCUAAAGAAAUGGCUUGUGAAUCUGAGACACAGAAGCCUGGUGAAGAAGAAGAAUUCACGACAAACCCGAAUCUCAUUCCCCCCAUGCCAACUAGUCAGAUGUGUACUUCUUCUCGCAGUGAACCCACAGGGUGUUCAACCCCAUCUACCACAUCUAUCACAUCGAGCGCUUCUCAAUGUACUAUUAAACCGAGGACCGUACCUUUAAAGGUGGAUGUGAAAGGGAUUUAUCCCAAGGAUGGCAUUUUAUUGACAAAUAUGUCUACCCCAUCCAGCGCCUCUAGCAUAACCCGUGCAGAAAGUAGCGUAGGACGUGAAGGACUCGCAGGAGAAUCUGUGGACUGUAAAGGACUUGAUACAACAAGGAUUAAUGAUGUUAUUCGUAAGAACUCUGAGUUGAAGACAACGACGUCUGAAUCACUUCCAGAAACAAGUAACCAGAAAACGUACCUAUUCAAAGUCCAGGCGGGAUCCAAAGCGGGCAAAGCCGAUGAUAGUAAGACUUCCAGUCUGUUUUCAGGCGAUGAAGAAAGUCGGAAGAAACGUUAUACAUCAGUGGACGAGUAUGUUAAAGACCUGAAGCUUAUGAUGAAAGAGAAGGGUAUCAAGAAUAUGGUGCUGCAGGGUCCAAAGCAGGUCAUUAAUGAUGUAACAAAGAGGUUGAAUGAUUCGGACAAGAAGAAGGUCCUCUUUCGUCUGGGUGUACCACAAACACCUGCUCAAGAAGGGAUUUCUAUUUUGCGGCCUUUAUCGAAGGUGAAAAAGCCUGCUCCUGCAAGUUGCGCGACUCCUUCCUUGAUCGAUUCACAGAUGAAUAAACCGCCAUUGAAACUUGAUCCCUCCAAUACUGGCAACGUAUCGAAGGUGAUAAAGUCUGCUCCCGCAAGUUGCGCGACUCCUUCCUUGAUCGAUUCACAAAUGAAUAAACCGCCAUUGAAACUGGAUCCCUCCAAUACUGGCAACGUAUCGAAGGUGAAGAAGUCUGCUCCCGCAAGUUGCGCGACUCCUUCCUUGAUCGAUUUACAAAUGAAUAAACCGCCUUUGAAACUGGAUCCCUCCAAUACUGACAACGUAUCGAAGGUGAAAAAGUCUGCUCCCGCAAGUUGCGCGACUCCUUCCUUGAUCGAUUCACAAAUGAAUAAACCGCCAUUGAAACUGGAUCCUUCCAAUACUGGCAACGUAUCGAAGGUGAAAAAGUCUGCUCCCGCAAGUUGCGCGACUCCUUCCUUGAUCGAUUCACAAAUGAAUAAACCGCCAUUGAAACUGGAUCCCUCCGAUACUGCCAACGUAUCUGGGGAAUCAGCAGCGAAAGAUGACAAGCCUUCAGAGUUUAGCAUUCCUGCAAAGUGCGCGUCAUUUACCCCAGAAGUGAUCACCGUUAAAUAUCCUACGCCAGUGAGCGUCGGAAACAUCACAGAUGAAGCUCAAAGUUUGCCAGCCACUACGUCGAAUGUCUUCAAGGCACUUUCCAUUCUAAAAUUGGGUCAACCCGAUGAAGACCCAGCUGUCCCGCUAUCAGCACCGAUAAGCAGUGCCCGUCCUACAGACCAUGCGAUCGAAGGUAUCAUUAAAGCAAGGAUGGAUACAAAUAAUCCGACAGCUGGAAACACUGUGAUUGAUUCGCUAGGAACGGUUAUUCCAUCAAGGUUGACACACGCACCACCAUCUACCGAUCAAACAGCUUCAACCCAACAGACACAAAACUCUACUCUUGAGAAAACGAUAACAGUGACUGCUGGCUGUUAUAAACCUCUUGCCGCGAAAGUUGCCUCCAACGCUGGGGAAGGAGAAACUCGCAUCACAAGAUCUAAGUCACGUGCGGCAACAGAGACAAAACGCAAGAGUGUAACAGAUCUCGAUAUAGCUAUGGCACCACCUUUAAAGUUAGGUGAUAAAACCUCUGCUGUCGUAGGUGAUCAAGACGGUAUGUUACGUUUUCGGGCGCCCUCUCAGUCCUCACCAUCAUCAAUGUUACCGUUCGUGAUGAAUACUUCCGAUAAGACAGAUGGUACCUUAGUGGGACCGUGCGUCUCUUUUGUUGGUUUACCAAGAUUACCAAGAACAUCUGCGCCUUUGUUGCUACCCAAAAGGACGAAUCUAGUCCGUUAUGUUGUCCUUGGCCCCGAUGGUCAGCGGAAAAUCUUGCAAGUGCCCGGAGGAAUCCCUGUUCUAGUCUCAAAAGCCUUAUCAGGUCAGACCCCGUUGAUACAUUGCAAUUCUAAUCUUAGUAUAGGUGCUUAUACAGAUAAUUCCGUCCUAGGAGAUUUGUCGGCUACCAAAGAAGUGGUCGAUGUCAGAACCGAAGUUCUGCCAUCUGGCGCCAAAGUGAAAAUAGUGAGAACGAGAACUAAAUCUUCACCAGAACAUGUUGAAAGAAAUGUCAGGACAGAUCCUAAGAAAAUAGUAAUAUUAGGAGCUAAUGAAUCCCCUAAUAGUGGUAAGAACAUAGUAUCCCAGCACGAUGGGUCGUUUGUAUACACUCAAAAAUCAACCACGGCAAUCAACCAACUUGAGAACAAUCCCACGGAAAUUGCCAGAGACCGUGAUAAGACUAUAGCUAAUAUUGCCAGAGACCAUAAUGAGACUAUAGCUAAGCAGGUUUCGCGGAGUUCUGAACCAUGUGACGGACAGGAGGGUACAUGCGAAUCCACAGAGAAUACUGGGGUCAACUCACCCAGCCCACGGAGGAGUCGGCGCGAGAGGAAAGUCACAAGGCCAUAUUCUCCGCCGCCUCAGAAGAGACGGAAAUGUACAUCUUCACCAUCAUCUUCGGACUUCGACGUUUCAUCUGCAGAGAUCACCUGCUCCUCUCAACAGCCGUCACCUAAACCGUCUGCUAGUGCAGUGGUCGUGUUGAAGAAAGACAUCGAACUUCCGCACUUGGUCAGGUUAUCGGGUAACACUACGGUUGAAUGUAUUAGGGAGGAAGAUGGCCAACGAGAUACUCGCACUCCUAAGAAGGUGUUAAAAAUACGCAUCAAAUCGGAACCGCUGUCCGAUGACGACGAGCCAAUGAACCCUGUCGAACCCAGCCCGAAUCUUGCCGAAAACGAGACGAUCAAACCCGAACCGGAUACUGACUCUGAUUCGACAGACAUUCCAACUGAUCCGGAAGAUACCGAUGAUGAAUCUUGCCAUCCGAGUGACAAACCGACAGGACUUCUUGCCGAUGCGAGGCCAGCCGAUGGGACUGGCGAGCUCCCGAAGAUUUCCGAUACAGAGUAUUUGUCGCGAGCCGAGAAAAUGCGUCUUCUAAAGCAACGGAUUCAAGAACAGGAGUCGAUGCUUGAAAACAUCCAGAGACAACGGCAUCAACAAGUGAUGCAGAGACAAAACAAUCCUGAUUUAGAAGACCUUUUCUGAUUAAAAAUAUUCGCAUAUCUUGUCGGUACUGCUGAUUAUAAAGUACUUAAAGGGUGCCUGCUUACAAAAAAAUGGGCCAUCGUGAAAUAGAUAUACUCCAGUAACUAUACUUGUUGUUCCAUACCGUCUAAGGAUACCACCCACAAGAGUAGACCGACAACAGGCCGAAUAACAUCACAUUUCACUGAAUGGCCAAUAAUUGGUCGGUUUGGAUUCGGUGUGACGUCAUGACUGAGGUAUUGCAUUCAACUCGGUAUUGAUGUUGUCACUUUUGUGUUUGUAUCACAGUGCACAGCUCGAAUAUUAUACUUGAACCAGUUUACAUACACGAGUAUACAUUAUACAUGAUGAAUGCUUCUUCUCUCACCAUACCUCGAUCACACCGCUAACCGACUAACCGCUAACUGAUCAUCGGAGAUUCGGUUUGAUAUAUUUUUGGUUUUGUUAAGUCUGUUGUCGGUAUGAUGUGUAUAAAAUAUAAAGUCUUUGCAUUAAAAAAAAAAAAAUCAUAGAUGAAGUUUAUACAACUCAUAAUGCGGAAGAAAAGUGUAAUACUUUAUAAGUGCCGUGUUUGUCACUCAUUUGUCAUGCAUGUAUUAUAUAACAAUAACAUACAUGUACUAUUCCAUGCUUGGAAUUUGAACUGUAAAUUGAUCUAUGUUGUUCACAAAAAGCUGCCUGCCGGGGUAGUUACUCGUAACCGUAAAUAAGUCUUACUUCUUGGAAAUCCCAUUGAAACGUGCG